GAAGCCGGAAGCGGCUGCUGCCCGUAGCCCUGACUGGAAGUGAACAGGCGGCGGUCUGCGCCUUGGGGGUUGUGGAACCCCGCGAUGGACCCGAACCGGACCAUCGAGCGGCGGAGGUCAUCGUUGCUGCUGCUGCGGCUGCUGGUGGUGGUGCUACUGUGGUCGGGGCUGGCUCUGGGCACCUUCUCCGUGGGUAGCAGCCCCCACAGAGUCCUCCGCGACCUCCUGUCGGAGGAGCAGUUGCUGGAGGUGGAAGACUUGUCCCUGGCCCUGCUGCAGGGCGGAAGGAUGGGGCCACUGUCACUACCCCCAGAUUUGCCGGAUCUGGAUCCCGAGUGCCGGGAGCUGCUGCUGGACUUCGGCAACAGCAGUGCAGAGCUGACCGGGUGUCUAGUGCGCGGCGCCCGGCCGGUGCGCGUCUGUCAGACCUGCUACCCACUCUUCCAACAGGUCGCCAACAAGAUGGACAACAUCAGCCGAGCCGUGGGGAAUUCUUCAGAGAGUCAUAGUUGUGCCAGAAGCCUUUUAAUGGCAGAUAGAAUGCAAAUAGUUGUGAUUCUGUCUGAGUUUUUUAAUUCCACAUGGCAGAAGGCAAAUUGUGCAAAUUGUUUAACGAACAAAAGUGAAGAAUUAUCAAAUAGCACAGUAUACUUCCUCAACCAAUUUAAUCACACCUUGACCUGCUUUGAGAAUAACCUUCAGGGGAGCACACACAGUCUUCAGUUAAGAAAUUAUUCAGAAGUAUGCAAAAACUGUCGUGAAGCAUAUAAAACUCUGAGUAGUCUGUACAGUGAAAUGCAAAAAAUAAAUGAACGUGAAAGUAAGGCUGAAUUUGGAACACAUUUAUGCAUUGACGUGGAGGAUGCAAUGAAUAUUACUCGCAAACUUUGGAGUCGAACUUUCAACUGUUCAGUCCCUUGCAGUGACACAGUGCCUGUAAUCGCUGUUUCUGUGUUCAUUCUCUUCCUACCUAUUGUCUUCUACCUUAGUAGUUUUCUUCACUCAGAGCAAAAGAAACGCAAACUCAUCCUACCGAAACGUCUCAAGUCCAGUACAAGCUUUGCAAACAUUCAAGAAAAUUCCAGUUGAAACCUACAGAAUGGAGAAUCAGCAUCUUAUCCCAUGGGUGAAUGGUGGAAGACACAGCUUGGUUUAAAAGAAGAUAAACUGUGAUUUGACAAGUCAAGUUCUUAAGAAAUGCAAGGACUUCAGAUUUAUUUUUAAAUAAGAAUUUUCCAUUUUUCUUUCCUUUUCCACCCCAUUUUUAAGGGUUUGGGUAUUUUUAAUUUCCAGGCAUAGCAAUGUUGUCUAUUUUAAAGUGUAUUUGUUAAAAUAACAAAAGAUGCAAGAACAAUCUUUGUUUUAUUUUGUAGACAUAUUGUUACUGAGACUUCCCCUAUGUCCUUGGUUAACAUAGUAUCUCAAAUAGCAAAGUUUUUGAAAACUAACAUUUAAAAAUUAAUCAGUUAUAGCAAAGACUUUAAAAAAAAUGUACUUGCCAAAAAGUAGCAAGUCCAAAGAUUAAAUUUCUCAUCAUUGCAGUGUUAUUAUCACAUAUAUUUGAUAUGUCAUAUAUUACAAUUAAUAUGUAAUUCCAUCUCUAGUUUCCUUAAAGUCAUUUUUGAAACCACUAAUUACAAACCUCCCAAUCAAUUUUUAGAACUGGGAAGGCACAUUACAUUUAUCUUUGUAAAAAGAUUUAUGAUAACUGGUUUCUUACUUGACUUUUAUAAAUAGUAUUUUACACCUUAUUUUUGCCUUUAUUUCAUAAGUAAUUUGAAAUCACUGGACUGCUUUAUUAUAUUCAGGGCAAGAUGGAUUCUUUUUUAUACCAGGGAUUUGCAUUGUGAAAUAUUAAGUUAUUUGGCAAUUUAUAAUUUAUUACUAUUUUAAAUCAAAUGUAGCAUUGUCACACUGUAUUUAAAUUGUGAUUUUUUUUUUUAAAUAGGGAUUUUCUCUUGGAAGAUAUGGGGAGUUUUGGAAGAGAGGAAAAGGAGGAGUAAAAAAACCCUUGAGAUUCAGAAAAUAGGGACCUGAGGGGAUGCUCACUCUAAGACUAUUGAAUGGUUUAUACUGCAGGCAUGAGUCAGUAGAGUCUGAUACAGAAAGCAGUUCAGCUAAGAUGAUGCUUAUUUUUCUAAAUUAUUAAUAUCAAAUGAAGGUGAUACAUUAUUAAAAUGAAGUCAGAUAUCUCACAGUUGAAAAUGAAUUCCUUUUUGAAAUGUUUAUAUCAACCUUUAAAAAAAAAUUCAAAAUUGUUUACGGUUUCUUCCCUCAGGUAUUUUAGGUGUUUCAUUUGUUAAUUCCUUCUCGCCAUCUUGGUGGAUAUAGGUUUUCUUUCUUUCCUUUUUUUUUUUUUUUUUUAGGCUUUGUUUUAAAUGUUGAAAAUAUAAAGGCUGCUCUAUAUAGAAACAAGAAUUUGCUUAAUUGGUACAAGAAUCUGAAUCCCUUCAUACACUGUAAAAUGUUCUUAUAGAGAGACAAGAUAAUGUUUUUUAUUAUUUUUUUAAAUGUUUACCAUAUAUACAGAGUGAAAGAGAAGGCUCACUCUUGGAUAUGUAACAUAUCCAGAAGCUGUUACAGUUUUUCUAGUCUGCUGUGAUCUAUUUAAAAUGUGCUGCUGUUUGUUCUGCUGUUACUGUUCACGCUGCUAAUGCUAAUAGCACUGUCUUGAUUUGAAGCAUAUAGUUGAGGGCCAUUGAAAGCAAUCCUUCAUUAAUGCAGAUAAAAUCAGUUUACAUGUGCAAAGUAACAAAAUGGCAUUUUCGAUUCUGUAAGAAGUGACUCUUUGAGCAUCUUUUAAUAUCAUGUAUUUCUGAAAACCCUGGCUUUUGGAUAUGGCUGCUAAUAAGCACUUUACAAAAGAAAAGGCAUCCCUUUAAUAUUUUUCUGGUUGAGUCAUUGCUCUUUAGAAGUAGCAUCAGCAAUAGAUUUCGAAAAUAAGUAUUAAGCACUAUGCUAAAGUGUGUAAAUAUUUCAUUUAUAAAGUCAUAUUGAAAAAUUCUUUGCAUAGUUCUGAAUUCUUAGAUUCAUAGUAUAUGUGUGUGUACCAGAAUAUCUUUAGUUUUUUGACACUUUGAAAUAAAGGAAAUAGCUUAAAGAAA